UCCGACGGUCCCCUAACGCCUCGCGGUGUCGGAACGUGGCCCUGCGCUGUUGCUGGGUGGCGCUGUUGCCGCCCGGAAGAGGACUUGGACAGAGUCAUGACAGGAAACCCGAGAUUUGAACGCUGAAACGCACCCAUCAUCUGACGCUUUCGCCUUUAUCCUAAACCCACGGAGCUCAUGCGCUUCACCAAGAGAAGAAAAGGGCGUCGAUAGCGAGGAAGCAUCAUUUCCAGCGUCGCGAGGCUCGGUGGCGGCUGGACUACAUGGUGUGUGCUCGCCCUCCCCGGCGUGGCGUCCAGAGAUGGAAAGCUUCGAGCGGUUCCGUCUGGCUGUUCUGCAGGAGAAGGAGGGCUUCAAGACAGUCGAGCCUGUUUGUUCCUUUAAGGCUUGCUCUGUCAUCCGCUUCCAUGGGAGACCUGUGCUGGCCCCCCUGCUGAACGGACAGCAGCGGCAGCAGAUGCGCGACUACAGGCGCAGGGCUGCACAGCUGGAGGAAGCCCGCAGACACCGGCUCAAGAUUCCGCCCCCACAGAGUCCGAUUCAGCCGUCCAGAAGUCCAGCUGAGAAGCUCCCAGCAGCUGCGCUCAAUGGCUACACUCUGGUCACUGACUCUCCUGGACUCGAGCACGGCUCUGGACUAGAAAUCCAAGAUGCACCUCAAAGUCCUGUCCCAGUCAACGGAUACAAGGAGGUGCAGAGGAAAGAGAAAGGUGACGGCCCAGAGGAGGACCUCAAUUUGGACUUCCUCCUCAGACGAUCGAGAGAGUACGUGAAGCGAGAGCAGAGUCAGUCCAAAUCUCUCCACUCUGAUGCUCAGAUGAAGACGGAGAAGAGUCCUUGCAGCCCGUUCGGGGACAAUGGUGUUGAAUUUGGGUUCAGUCUGCACCAUAGCCCUGUAGGUUCAGCGCCGACUCAGAUCCAGACGCUAUAUGAGCCGAAGAAAAGUCUCUCUCCGAGUCUCCUGGGUCAGUCCAUCCCGCCCUCCAGUCCAGAGUCUGUCAUCUCCCUGCGGCCACAGAAACGAAAACCAAGACCCUUUUCUACCGGCAACAUCCAGGUCUCCUUCCCCAUCAGCCCGACAGACCUGGUGCCCCGUAGCCCGGUCAGGUCGGUGUACGGGCCGGGCCCAGGAGAGCGGGACAAAGCUCCGUCUGCGAGGUCGCCUGAGGACACGGCGGUGGGUCAUGUGAAUCGAGGGUACAGUCGCUGUGACAGCAGCCCAGUGGAGGAGUCCAUCAGCCCCUCCGGACACGCCGCACACCUCACCUCUAACUUCCGCCGGCGCUGUCACACGCUUGACAGCCAACCGCAGCCGGAGCACAUCGACCGCAGUCAGGAGAGGCUGCCUCGCUUCAUGGCCGGCGUCCCCAUGCUGACGCCAAGUCGACGGAAUGCGCUGAACAAGUCCCGUGAUUCUCCGUCACCGUCUGUGCUUCGGUCCUGCGGGACCCCGGACCUGAAGCAAGUCCAUGAUGCUCAGUCGCCGGCUAAUGGCAGAGGCCCAGCUGCAGCCAGCAGAAACGGAACCAGCAGUCAUUGUGCCCGACCUGAGGAGAACCAGUGGAGCUCCCAGACUCUGGAGGAGAUGCAAAGGCGUUUGGAGGACGAGCACGCACUGCAGAUGUCCCUGCUUCUGGUUGAGCAGGAGAAGGAGCAACUGCGCCUCCGCCAGGAGCUGGAGGAGGCCGAGAGAAGGCGGAGGGAUGAGUGGAGCGCGGGGGAUGAGUGUGGCAUGAGCCCAAGGUUAAGCCCCUCCCACACCAUUUCUGACCUGUCACCAGGAGCAGGCAACUCCAGUCCAGUCAGAUCCAGCGCACCCUCUCCUUCAGUCCAUCCUCCUGUCUUUCUGUGGGGGUCCAACUGGAACCCCACAAAAUCUCGUGCGAGGCUCAGCCAGGUUCUGACCGCUGAGCAGCAGAAAGCGUUCUGCCGAGUCGGCGCUAUCACUCGAGGCUUCCUCACUCGCAGGCUGCUCAAAACCGACAAAGUCAGAAACCUGCGUCAGACAGUGCUGGACACUCGCGAGUUCAUCAGCUCAUUCCACACCGAAGCACCACAGAAGAUGGCGUUUUCAGCACAGGACCUGACGCUGCACGAGCGGGUCAAAGCUCAGCUCCGUGCGGCGCUGUUCGACGUCCAUGAAAUCUUCUUUGAAAUCCCUCUGAUGGAGCGGCUGGCCCUUCUUCAGCAAGACAGGGAGCUGCGCACGGAGAGGAAGCUGCGAGAAGUGGAGAAAGCCAAGUGCCUCAGAGACCGAGGAGCUCUAUCAUCUGCCACGCAAAGAUCUCUGGACCGGAAGAAGAGAGUGGGGGAAUCUCCAGUGCCGACCCGAAAGAUUCCGCAGAAGCCGAAAAGCCCAACAACUAACCGAGUCAUGAAGUGUGGCGCCGCCCAGAAGUCUCCAGUGCCGGGGCAGCUGAAUCGGCAGGGGAGCUGGUACAAAAAGACCCCUGAGGAGCGGGUGAGGCGUUCAGACCUCCUGAAGAAGCAGCACUCUCUGGGCUAAACAACUUGAAUUCUGAAUCUUUCAAAACCAACUGCUGCUACAAAGAUCCUCCCCCGUCUUAUAUGAUUGUACUGACUUGCUUUGUCACAGCGUCAUCGCCGUGUUGUGAUGCACCUGGAGGCUGUAGCAGCAUUAACAGCCGUGACAUUGAUGCGUGCCUCAUAGCGACACAUGCCUUCAGUAUAGUGCUUCACAAACAACCACUCAUAACCUUGGAGCGCCAUCCAAACUUAAGAGGCGAUAUUGAUGCAUCGAUGUGAAGUAUUCUGUGUGUGAUGUUGCAAGGGCUUGAAGUUGUGUAGGUUGAGACCAGACGGAUAUUUAUUAUAUAACCUGAGAAUGUAGACAGAGGAGCUAAGGUUUCAUACGCCUGCUUGACUUUACUGUUAAACCUAUUUAUUUGCAAAGCAUAAUAGCCUUGUGCGCUUGUGUUCUUGCUCGUGGUUGGACAAUGUGUUGUGUAGAAUCAUUGAGUCGUGUGUUGUGUAGUGAAGGUGGCACACAAUGCUAUUGUUACAUUCAAGAUGGGGGCGGACUCUGCGCUUGCUAAACUGCUCCAGUAACCAUGUUUCAUAAACUCAAUAAUCAACACCUAUGUAAGAUAUUUUUCUCCACUCCACCCCAAAACAACAUUUUUCUAAACUCAAUUCAGACUCUGUCAUCAUCACUGAAACUACCUCUGGUUCAAUCUUGAGUACAAACAUAUGCUAAAAACAACGUUUGUUGCCAACACUACUGAACAAGUCACUACAAACAUAUGAAGAGACAUUUUUAAUGUUCUGAAAUGCUCAAAAAACUAUCCAUAAUUUGAUGUAGUGGUGAGCCAGAUGUGAGCGUCUCGACAACCAGACUUUUACUGUGAUGAAUUAAUACUUUUGUUUAAGUACUGCACCUGUUUUUAACGUUUUUAUUUAUUAUUAUUUAAAUGGUCUUCAUAUUGUUUUAUAUGAUUUGAAUAAA